AUGAGAUCAAACCCAGACAGAAGAAAUCCAGAUUUCUGGUGCGAGUUUCAUAAUGACCAUGGCCAUAAAACAGCGGAUUGCAGAUUAUUAGAAGGUGAAGUAGAACAUUUGCAAAAGCAAGGUUAUUUAACCGACUUAUUUAGCGCGAAAGACAAGCAAUCUUAUAUGAAAAAUAGACAAGAACCUCCAAAACCUCCGUCUCCAAAAAGAACAGUUAACGUGAUAAGCGGAGGGGAAGAAGUCAAUGGUGUAACAUACACAGCUGCGAAAAAGACGUCAAAAUUCACUGUGACCCACGGGAAGCGAGUUCGCCAAGUUUUAGUAGAAGAUAAUAUAACAUUUGAUGAUGCAGAUGCAGAUGGCUUGAUAAUCCCUCACAAUGAUCCACUGGUAAUAUCUUUACUUAUACAUGAUAGUAAUGUAAAACGGGUUUUGAUCGAUCCAGGUAGCUCCAUGAAUAUUAUUCUUCUAAGAAUGGUGAAUGAAAUGCGAAUGGGAGACAAGAUAGUACCAAAAGAACGAUCCUUAUUUGGAUUCGAUAAUUCAACUGUUAUUACAAAAGGCAAUAUAGUUCUUACCACAUUUGUAGAAAGAGUUAUCAAGGAUACGAAAUUCCAAGUAAUAGACACGGACAUGGAUUAUAAUAUGAUUCUUGGAAGGUCAUGGAUUCAUGACAUAGAUAUUGUACCAUAUACGUUAUAUCAAGUCAUUAAGUUUCCUUCACAACGGGGAAUUCGGCAAAUUCGCGGAGAUCAAUAG